AUGCUUGCUAACGGGAAUGUAAAGAUCACGUUGCCUCAUCGUCACAAUAGUAAAGAUCAGCAAAUGAAGCCAAUAACCAUCUUGCGUUCAGGAAAUGGACUUCGCUCUGAGCUUGAAUCUUCGACGCCAUGUCUCAAAUAUUGUUCAAAGGAAGAGGCAACAAAAUGGAACCCUGCCCUUAAUAAUGAAGCAUUCAACAAGUUUACUAUGCUUUAUUCCAUGAAGCAUCUUGAAAAAAAACAAAUUGUAGGUGACUGUUACUUUGGUGUCACUAAUUUGCUAGAACUCUUACGAGCUCAGAGGUCCAUCAAUGAACUCAAGGCCACACAGAAAUCCUCUAGGAAAAGAGGGGAACAAUUUUUGCAGAAUCUUGAAGACAAAAAGGUCCUCCGGAAGUGUAGAGAAUGCCACAAGAUUGAAACAACGUUUGAUAACAUAAAGGACAAGUUGGCAAGGGAAAAAAGAAGUAGAGAAAGGAUGGAGUUAUUCAAUACCAAAUUGGUACACGAAUUGGCUAAAACCAAGACUUCUGCAAAGCAGUACAUGACUAACUACAAGAAAGAAAAGAGAGAAAGAAAAGUGAUAGAGGAAGUGUGUAAUGAAUUAGCCAUGAAAGUAAGGGAAGACACGGCUAAGCUUGAGAUGUUGCUAAGAGAUUCCGUGAAAAUUUGCAAGGUGGUGGAAGAAGAGAGGGAGAUGAUGGAAAUGACUGAGCUAUGGCGCGAAGAACGCAUGCAAAUGAAGCUAGCCGAUGCACAGUUUGUACUUGAAGAUAAAUACAAUCAGAUGGUCCAGUUGAUUGCUUUUCUCCAAGUGUUCUUGAGAUCAAGGGGUGCCGAACUAGACACCACUGAACUAGAGGACGUAGAGUUGAUCAAACAGGCAGUUGAAUCAGUAAAUAUUAAACGCAUUGUGGAGCUUUCAUAUGAUUUCUCAAAGUCAUCUGAUGAUGCAGUUUCCACUUCUGAAGAGCUAAGAAAAGAAAACACAGAAGAGGAGUUGAAUAAAAGCCCUAUAUUGCAUCACAACAGUCCCUCCAGUGAUUAUUAUAUUGAAUUAGAACUAAAUAAUAAUGGUUAUCUUGAGGAUCAGAAGUUUAAUUCAAUGCCACAAAGAGGAGACACAGACACCUAUUCUGUUAAUGUUAACCAAGACAAGGAUAUGUUAUUAGGUAGUGAAGCAGAAUGUAGUGAAAAGGCAUGUUUGGAACCUUUGAAGAGUAGUAAAGUUUGUCUUACCUCUAAACAGCUAAUAAGGUCAUGCCCCAAUGGUGGAAGAACGAUUUCUUCUACAAAAUCUUCACAGGAUAGAAGGCUAGGUGAUGAUGGUUGGCACAAACAAAAGGAGUGUAACCAAAGACUUCCAACAAGCUCAGUUCAAUGUCAAAGUUCUGUUGAAGGUAGCUUCAAACACACGGAAGAGCAAGACAAGACCCACCUAAAGAUAAAACAACUAAAACUCAAGCUUUAA